AUGUUAUGGGACUCCCGCUCUUCAGCCACACAGAGGGUGAUGGUAGACUACCUCAAGAAACUUACUAAUGCGGUGGAGGACAUUCUGAUGACCAUUCGGGCCAUGAGCGCAAAUAAGGCUAAUGUGUUCCUGCAUAUUUCGGCCUCCCACAUCUUUCAGUUUCCUUUGGUGCUGCAAUCAGAGCUGAUACUUGCAGCAAGGUCCUAUGCGUGGACUGACCGCUUGCAUUCUGAACCCAGAACUGGCCACCUAAAUCAACUAAACAUCAAAACCUACAAAUCCCUCAAAAAUCGUAAUUAGCAUAGACUAUAGUUUUCGUUAUUUCCUGAAUCAUUUUUUCAUGUUGGAGCAGAUGAGAUCAUCCGGUGUUGGCAGAAAGUGACCCAGACAUUCAGUCCUUCCCGUCCCUCAUAAUGUGAUCCCUUAAAUCAGCUACUAGAGGCAUUUGUACAAACCACCUCCUCCUAUAUUGUCCUAAAUACCAACAGUGUGUAUGGAAAUAUUUUAUUGGAUGCAAUUCAAGUGGAUAUUGGGCCUUCAAUUUAUCCACAAUACACUAUCUGCAACCUGAGACCUACUGGUCCAAACAACACAAAAGUAAUCGUUGCUGCUGCGUACCGGACCAUGUUGUCAUCCUCAGAAUUCUAUUAUUUGGAUCGGGCAUUGUGUGACUUUCUUGGAUAUUGA